AUGUUCACAGAAGACAAGCAACCCAACUCGUACACAUACCAGUCGGGAUUUGGCAACCACUUCUCAUCGGAGGCCCUUGACGGCGCGCUGCCAGUCGGCCAGAACACACCCCAAAUCUGUCCCUACGGCCUCUACGCAGAGCAACUAUCGGGAACCGCAUUUACAGUCGGGCGCAGUGGCAACCAGCGCACCUGGCUCUACCGCAUCCGGCCAUCCGUCAUGCAUCUGCCAUUCGAGCCCUACACAAAAAACAGCCACAUCAUUGGCAUAUUCGACUCGCAAACAACCGAUCCAACACCGACGCAAAACCGAUGGAUGCCAUUUCCCAUCCCUGAGGACAGCGACUUUGUUGACGGUCUGCGCACAGUCAGUGGCGCAGGCGAUCCGACGGUGAAAAACGGAAUUGCCAUUCACGUGUACGCGGCGUCGCAGUCAAUGAAUUGCCGGGCAUUUACCAGCUCCGACGGUGACAUGCUCAUUGUGCCACAGCAGGGGCGCUUGGACAUUACAACGGAGUUUGGGCCAAUAAUGGUGGCGCCAAAUGAAAUUGCGGUUAUCCAGCGCGGCAUGCGGUUCUCCGUGGCGCUGCCCGACGGGCCCAGCCGUGGGUUUGUCCUUGAGGUAUACGAUGGGCACUUUGAGCUACCGGACCUUGGGCCCAUUGGUGCCAACGGACUGGCCAACCCGCGCGACUUCCAGACGCCCACAGCUCAAUUUGAAAACACUACUGAUGGCUGGACCAUCAUUAGCAAGAGCCAGGGCACGCUGUUUGCCGCCAAGCAGGGCCACUCUCCAUUUGACGUGGUCGCGUGGCACGGCAACUAUGCACCGUUCAAGUACAACCUGGCCAACUUUAACGUUGUCAAUUCGGUGAGCUUUGAUCACAUCGACCCGUCCAUCUUCACCGUCCUGACGUGCAAGUCUGCGCAUCCAGGCACAGCCGUCGCUGAUUUUGUCAUUUUCCCGCCGAGAUUCGAGGUACAGAUGGAUACGUUCCGCCCGCCGUACUUCCAUCGCAACUGCAUGAGCGAAUUUAUUGGCCUUUUGUUUGGCAACUACGAGGCAAAGCAGGGCAAGUUUUUGCCCGGAGGCUGCAGCAUCCACUCGACGAUGACGCCGCAUGGGCCGGAUGCCGCCACCGUGCAGAGUGCGACUACGCGCGAGCUCAGGCCCGGGCGGAUCGCCGAUAACUCGCAGACGUUCAUGUUUGAGACAAUGUUUCAGCUGCGGGCAACCAAGUGGGCGGCCGAGCACAGCCAUCGCGAUAGCGACUACUACAAGGUGUGGCAGGACAUUCCCGUCACAUUUGAUCCUGACCAGAAACCAGGCACAAAUACGCACCACCCGGGGAACGAGCACUGA